AUGUCAACAAAUGCUACGCCACUCAAGCGAUCCGCCGUAGAAGCUGGGUUGGACCAGGAUGAUUCUGUCAUCGGCGUCGAGACCAAAACUUCAGUGCCGAAGGUGUCGAAAGCUCGUGCCUGCGCCGAGUGCAAACGGCACAAGAUCAAAUGCGAGGUGAAGCCUGGCGAAACAAGUUGUACAAAAUGUCUCCGCAGUGGAAUCAAAUGUGUUGUCAAUGACUUUUCGCAGAAAUUUGUGGAUGACGAUUUAGCAUGGAAGGCGCAAGCAAAUGCGACUAUACAGCAGCUACAAGCUGCUGUCUCCCAUCUCCUUCGUCACAAUAAUCUUCCUGAACUUUCAAGCUUUUCCCCAUCGGAAAGUAAUGCAGACCGGACACCGGAAGCUGCAGUCACUCCAAGUGUUCGACUGCCGUCUCAAGACCAGAAAAGAUUGAGCGUACCAGCAGUUAGUUCAAGCGCUGCUAUCGGCGGACAGAUGAUGGCCAGAGAGACUUCCCAGGACGGGAAUUACGAAGAGCCGGAAAUCGUUUCAGCGCCGAUGCGCAGUCUGUACGAAGUAACAAAGCUACGGAAUUUCGGAACUCAUAUGACUGAAAAGCCCAAGUCCACGUUACUGGAAGAAGACUUCAUCUCGCGGGGAUAUGUAUCGCUACAUGAAGCGGAGGAAUUGUUUGCUUAUUUCAGUCGGACGAUGAAUCAACUAUUAUGGGGCGGUAUUGUUGUUCCUCAUCUAGAUCUGACGUCGGUACGACGAGCGUCGACCUUGCUUCUGGCUGCUGUCCUAACGGUAGCUGCGUUACAUAUACCGAAUCGAACAGAGACGCUCAAUACCUGUUACAACGAAUACGUGUCGCUUGUAUCUAAUAUGGCAUUGACCCGGUCACAUACACUAGACGAUAUUCGCGGGCUGUGCGCAGGCGCAUUCUGGCUGCCGGACCUUAGUUGGAAAUUGUCUGGACAUGCCGUUCGGAUCGCAACAGAGAUGGGUCUGCACCAGAGCUUUCAUAAGAUGACUCGCGGCUAUGCGGAUCAGUAUCACUACGAAAGGGCUCAACUCUGGUAUCUGCUAUACGUGUGCGAUCAUCAUUUCAGUAUUGCAUAUGGAAGACCUCCAGUGAUCCACGAAGAUAGCGCAAUUAAGAAUAACGAGGUCUUUUUACAGUCUCGAUUUGUAGUUCCGGGAGAUAUUCGGUUGAUGGCACAGGUCGCUCUCUUUCUCAUUCUGACUGAAGCAUACCACACAUUCGGCUCUGAUGCUGAACAGCCGCUUAGGGAAGAAGACUUUGGACAGCUGCGUGUUUAUAAUGUAGCGGUUGAUCAAUGGCGACUUCUUUGGCAGCCUCGAUCAGCCGACAGCCCGUACGUCCGUACUUAUCCAUCCAAAGGAGUGGUUCUGCACUACCAUUUCGCCAAAUUUCAACUUAACUCGCUCGCUCUUCGAGCUUUAUCACCAACAAACACACCAGUCUUCUCCAUGGAUCGCAAGGAAUGCGCCAACACAGCGAUUUCAGCAGCCAUGUCAUGUCUAAACAUGUUCCUCGAAGAACAAGACGUUCGCGACGCGAUUGUCGGUGUCCCCAUAUUCACUCACACAAUGGUCACAUUUUCAGCCGUAUUCCUACUCAAAGUCGCCGUUAACUGGAACUCGGCGUAUCUCAAUAUUGACGGUCGACAGGUUCGGCACACAGUUGAAAGAGUGAUUGAAUUAAUGAACUGUGUGAGCGCGGGCGAACGACAUCUCACCCGCCAUAUUGCGCGUGGUCUUAGCAAAAUGCUUGAACGGUUUAAUGCUUGGGAAGGCUGGUUCAAUAAUCAUCACAAUAGCAACGGCAAAUCCUCCGUCACAAUGUCCCUCGGUAACAAUGCUGGAGGUACUACGAACGGCUACGAUGACCCAAUGACUUCCACUGGCACUACAAUCGCUAAUAAUGCUGUCCUACACACCUCUUCAUCAGUAGUGAAUACCGAUAAUAACAGCACCAGCGGGAGAAGACGGUCUAUACCAGGAGGCGCGAAUGCGAUGGCUCAGGGGCUACCACCGCCAGAUCUUAUUUAUACAAUGGUCGGAACUUAUGGAUUUGGCUUGGAUGAGCAGUUGAUGGAUCCUACUAUACCGGGAUUUGAGUAUAUGUCGCAGUAGCCCUCCUCUUGGGAGUAUUUAUAUGAUAUUAGCGAGAAACGAGUCAUGCAUAUUGGCGUUUAUAUAGAGGUUAUCGCGGCUAUUACUGGUUUUCGGCUUAUCUUAUUACCGAAGUCGUCUUUAUCUAGGUCGUAUAUCA